AUGUCCUUCUACGAUAACUAUUACUAUCGUAUUAAUAAAUUGCUCCUAUCUAUGAUCGGCCAAUGGCCGUAUCAAUCGCGAUUGAAGGCUACCCUAAUGUUAGCCGUUAUGUCGUUUUUCCUUUGUACUAUCACAAUCUUAGAGUUUUGGAGUCUAUUAGCUGGAAUAACGGAUUUGAGUAUUAUUAUGGAGAAUACGCCUAUUUUCCUGGUGUGCGUUGCCGUCAUUUCGAAGUUGGGAAAUUUUAUCGUUAAUAAGGACAAAAUGAAGAAACUACUGGAUUACAUCGAGAAAGAUUGGAAUAUGAUGCAGGCAGGGCCGCGAAACAAAAUAUUACAACUCUACGCCGAACAAAGCAGAAUUUUAACGAUAAGAUACGCGCUGAUCUUUUAUGCAGCGUGGUUUUGCUACUGUAUGAUGCCAUUCGUCUUCACUGGAUUAUAUUUACUGUUGCCUACAAAUGAGACCUACCCGCAAAAAUUUCUGUUUCGCUUGGAACACGUCUUAGAUAUAGAUAAAUACUAUAACCUGCUUAUGAUUCAUGCCUUCGUUAGCCUGUUCUUCGCGAUAUCAUUGCCAAUAGCAAUCGACAGCAUGUUUAUAGUUUGCAUUCAGCAUGUUUGCGCACUGUUCGAGAUUAUACGCUACAAUAUGAAGAAUAUCGGGAAAUCAGAUUAUGUGAUACUAAAACCGAAUAUAGCUGAUGACCACGCAUAUCAUAUUAUAAAACACUGCAUCAAAGUUUAUAACCAUUCCGCCGAUUACAGUUGCAAUUGGUACACGAUUUCGUUGAGAUCUAGACGAUUGUUACUAUUCACGUUAUUGCGUACCAUGAAACCGUGUCAAAUAAGGGCUGCCAGAUGCAAAAUGUCCUUCUACGAUAACUGCUACUAUCAUAUCAAUAAAUUGCUUCUAUCUAUUACCGGCCAAUGGCCGUAUCAAUCGCGAUUGGAGGCUACCGUAAUGUUAGCCGUUGUGUCGUUUUUCCUUUGUACUUUCACAAUCUUAGAGUUUUGGAGUCUAAUAGCUGGAAUAACGGAUUUGAGUAUUCUUAUGGAGAAUACGCCUCCUUUCCUGGUGUGCGUUGCCGUCAUUUCGAAGUUGGGAAAUUUUAUCGUUAAUAAGGACAAAAUGAAGAAACUACUGGAUUACAUCGAGAAAGAUUGGAAUAUGAUGCAGGCAGGGCCGCGAAACAAAAUAUUACAACUCUACGCCGAACAAAGCAGAAUUUUAACGAUAAGAUACGCGCUGAUCUUUUAUGCAGCGUGGUUUUGCUACUGUACGAUGCCAUUCGUCUUCACUGGAUUAUAUUUACUGUUGCCUACAAAUGAGACCUACCCGCAAAAAUUUCUGUUUCGCUUGGAACACGUCUUAGAUAUGGAUAAAUACUAUAACCUGCUUAUGAUUCAUGGCUUCGUUAGCGUGUUCUUCGUGGUAUCAUUGCCAAUAGCAAUCGACGGCAUGUUCAUAGUUUGCAUUCAGCAUGUUUGCGCACUGUUCGAGAUUAUACGCUACAAUAUGAAGAAUAUCGGGGAAUCAGAUUAUGUGAUACUAAAACCGAAUAUAACUGAUGACCACGCAUAUCAUAUUAUAAAACACUGCAUCAAAGUUUACAAUCAUUCCGCCGAAUUUUCAGCUUUGCUUUCGUCCUCUUUCGCAGCGUCAUUCUUCUUUCUUUUAGGAAUCGUGAUUAUAAAUUUAAGUUUCAGCGCGGCCGAGCUAAUAAUGGUGGACAUCCAAAUGGAUGACUGUAUCAGAAUCAUCGCUGCCAAUGUGGCACAAUUUGUGCAUAUAUAUUAUUUGAGCCUUUUGAGUCAACAACUGAUCGACUAUAGCAGCGGACUUCACGAAGUAAUGUAUGUACCUACCGACAUCAUGGCGGGAGUAUUUCCAGUGAUAAAAUACCGCUAUUAUUACCUCAAUAAAUUCACCCUGUGCGCUAUCGGCCAGUGGCCGUAUCAGAAGCGACUGGAGGCUAACACGAUGUUCGCCAUCACGUUGUUCAUGUUUGGCAGUUUGACGGCCUUAGAGUUUUUGGGCUUGAUAAAAGGAAUAACGAACCUGAGCAUCAUCAUGGAGAACACGACUCCUUUGUUGGUGAACGGCUUCCUCUUCGUGAAGUUGAUUAACUUUUACUUUCAAAAGAGCAAAAUGAAAGAGCUGUUGGUUUACAUCGAGGAGCACUGGAAGAUCAUGUCAUCUGGCCCGCAGAAUGAAAUAUUACGGAGCUACGCGGAGCAAAGCAAAGUAUGGUUGAUAAGAUACGCGAUGUCCCUUUAUCUAUUGGGUCACUUCUAUAGCUUAAUGCCCUACGCCGUAAGCGGUAUAUACUGGUUUCUGCCGAACGUGACCUACUCGGCCAGAUUUUUAUAUCGUCUGGAGCAUGUUUUCGACAUUGAGAAAUACUUCCAUUUGCUCGUGUUUCAUCUCUACAUUGGCCUGAUGUUUAUGCUGACGGUGGCAAUAGCGGUUGACAGCAUGUUCUUAAUGUGCAUUCAGCAUGUUUGCGCGCUGUUUGAGAUCAUACGCUACAACAUUGAACAUAUACAAGAACCGGAUGUCAUAAUACUUAGGCCGCAUAUAGAGUACGACAAACCAUACCAAGUAAUAAUCAAUUGCAUCAAAAUCUACAAUAGUGCCUAUGAAUUCUCCGAACUGCUCUCGUCCAGUUUCGAAAUGUCUUACUUCUUUCUGCUAGGAAAUGUAAUUCUGUCUUUAAGUUUCUGCAUGGCUGAGGUGAAUAUCCGACAAGCUGAAAAGGCUGAGACGCUUGUGUUUUCGUUUCACUUAAUUAAUAAAUACCUAUUAUUCAAGAUGAUAAUGGUGGAUGUCCAGUUGGAUGAGGUCAUCAGAAUCCUUGCUAACAGUGUGGGUCAGUUAGUGCAUAUAUAUUACAUCAGUUUUAUAUCUCAACGAUUGAUCGACUACAGUAGCGAGCUUCACGAAGUAAUUUACAGCUGCAACUGGUAUACGACCUCUAUACGAUCCAGACAAUUAUUACAAUUAACGUUAUUGCGUGCCAUGAAACCGUGUAAAAUAAAAGCAGGCAAGAUAUAUGUGUUGUCAAUGGAGAACUUCAGCUCGAUUAUACAAGUUUCCUUGUCUUACUUCACUAUGCUCACUUCACUCCAAUAGUUUCUUACGCAACUCAGGAUCAUGCAAAAUGUUUGUUUUAUUAAAAGUUUAGGUGUGUGGAUAAAUCGUUCGGAUAUAAUGAUGACCAACCUAUUUAUUUGAUACGUUAAUUUAAACACUUGUUUCUUGCUCCCUAGUACCGGAAGAAUGUAUCUUCACAUAAUGACAAGAUGAUAUAAAAUAUUUUUCAAUUUUCACGUUCGUUUCACAGCUAUUUCAGUUAUAUUUUAUGAAAGUGCAAUCUAACGUGAUAAACGCUGUUGAUUAUUAAUAAAUAAUCUACUAAUAAGCAGUUACUAAUAAGUGAACAAAAUGAAAUAUGCGGGGUAAUAAUUGAGAAUAAGUGUGUAUGUACAUAAUAUUCUUGUGCUUGUUUAACAAAGUGAACCAUGUCGCGUUACUAACCGGCCACCAAAUCGGCUUGCCGUAAGACAGAAGUGCCCGAAUAUGUGCCUAAUCUUAGACAAUUUUAGUCUUUAAAUACAAAUAUUUAAACUUUCAACAUAAAAUAUAUCUCAAGGUAUUAAAUAUGUAAAUAUAUUCUAUAUUGGAAGUUUAAAUAUUCGUAUUUAAAAAAAAGAUCAAAAUAAUAAGCAUGUUCAAAAUUAGAUUCGGAAAUUAAUAUCUUGACCUUAUUAAUAUCUUGUUUCUUUCCCAUUUCAAUGAAAACUAGAAGAGUACUACGCGUGUUAUGUAUCAAAUACACUUGGUUUGUUAUUUACUUUAAAACCUGCGUAUAUACCAGUGACAGAGAUAUGCUGCGCCGAUUAUCAAUGUAACAAUAACUGUAUGUAUGCAGACCGCAGAAAUUAGUUGUAAUUAACGGGUGAUUUUAUCUGCAAACGUAUUUAUUAUCACUGAAAAAGAUAAACUCUUUGUUGUAAGUAAAUUUUAAUAAUAAUACUGAUUUAAUCUUAAAAAUAUUUUAUUAAUUAGCGACCGUUUGACUGUCUUUUUAAUAUAACCAUCUGGUUACAAUACUGUUACACCGUGGAACGAUAAUAGUUCAGACAACGACUUAAAUGAUAUGCAUCUAUAAUGUAUAUUCAAUUUCGCCGAGUGUAUGUUACUUUUGCUUUGGCGCUAAACAUUACUCUUGACCAGCACUUGUAUCAUAGGUUGGUAACGGCUUGUUGGUGAAAUUAUCAUUCACGCAAGUAGGCAGCCAAUGUACAUUUUACCUAGGUGACUUUAUGUAGGUAAGUAAGAAUGAAUGAGGUAAGGAUAGUGAUAAUAACAUGUAAGAUAGUUUUACGUAGAUAACUAAGAGUAAAGAAUACAGAUGGGGUAAACGUUAUUUAAGACUUCAACCCAUUUCAAAUAUCAGUGAUACAAACGUCCCAGUCUUGCUCCGAAAACGGUAAUGUGACUCGAGCAUAAUUAUUUUAUGUUAUACCUGAAUUCGGCAAUUUACGUGGAUCACAAUUAACACAAGACAAUAAUCGAAGAGAGAAAAGUCUUAAAUGAGUUACUAUUGAUUCUGUGCAUUCUCUACGUGUCUCCUGUUAAUAAAAAAAAUUGCUGCUCUUUUUUUCGCCAACGUCGCAGUAGAAUCGUUGUACAGAUCUUGCAAAUAGCUCGCGCUAGCUCUUAUUGGCUUUAGUCAUCUUGCUUAAUUAAGAGUAGACAA